AUGCAAGCGCCUUUCUUCUAUGCAGCUUUUCUACUUUUGGUUCUACCUUUGGGUUUGUCAGAGACCAUUGUUCGUGAGCUGAAUAUAUCUAGAACAACUUCGGAUAGUGGAAAGCAGCUCAUCUCCCUAAACGGAGAAAUUAACUCAUUAGGUCCCACAAUUCGAGUGCAAGCUGGAGACACUCUUAAUCUGUUAGUGAACAAUGAAAUUUGUGAUGAACAGGACUUGGCACAGUACGGAGAAGAUUAUUGCAAUACUUCUAUACAUUUCCACGGUCUAGUGUUGGGAAAUGAUGACGGAAAACUGGGGGCCUUGAAUGAUGGAGUACCGCAGGUUACCCAACGUAGUAUUCCUCCACAAAUGUCGUAUUGGUACAACUUCACGAUACCAGAAAGUAUGGAGGGAGGGACAUAUUGGUUUCACUCCCAUUCUUCAGUGCAGUAUGGAGAUGGACUUCGAGGCGUCUUUUUGGUAGAUUCGAGCGCUCGGGAAACCUACUUGAGCCGAGUAAUAGCCAAGUUAGAUGCGGUUGGCACAGGUGGUACUCUGCUCGAAGGAUUACCGGAAACCGGGUCCCAAAAAUCUAUACAAGAAGUUAUAGUAGCUGUCUCAGACUGGUACAGUAAAUCUAGCGUCGAAAUAUUGGCCGACGUCAUGAGUCCAACGGGAGGGCCGGAUCCGCGCGUGGAAGGUUCUACACUUAAUGGAGAUCAAGACUCAGUGAAAUUCGAAAUAACUGAGAACACCGAAUAUGUCGAACUUAGGGUGAUAAACGUCGGAAUGAGCGGCACCAACAUCCUCAAUAUUGAAGGACACCGCUUAUGUGUGGUUGAAACGGAUGGUGUUCUCACGAAACCUUACCUGAUUGACACAUUAUCCAUAGCUGUUGGUCAGAGAUUUACAGUUUUGGUAAAGCUCGACUUAAGCACACCCCGGGCGCGCAUAAUCCACGGCUGCGGCAAAAUGAUGGGAUAUGUUACCAAGACACAUUGGCUAGUACGACCCGGAAAAGAAAUUGGCCAGAACUUCGGGGGGGAUCCAAGAAAUCUGCCUGGACUAGACAAAAACGAAAAAUUUCGAGAGUUUGUGCCAAUGCAUGGUGAACUACUUCCAUCUCCGCGUCAGCAAGUCUCUUUAGAUUACUCCUAUGAAAGUGAUUUUAAAGAGCAGUUCAAAACUGGAAUGUACGCUGUUAACGGGGACACGAUGCCUGAAUUUCUUCCUGACGGUGUCCUACUAGAAGGUGCCAGGGGCGUUCGCGAGCCGAUACAACUUGAAAGCGAUGAAGUCAUUGAGAUAGCCAUAAACUCUAUUGACCACAUGACACACCCCUGGCACAUGCAUGGUCAUACAUUUCAAGUAAUAUCUGUGGGGCAGAGUCGUGAUGGCCCGCUGCACUUUGAGGAUCUCGAAACUCCAGCUAUGAAGCGGUAUCAGGCAGACCUUUUUGCAUGGGAAGGGAAAGUUCCAAUGACUCGUGACACCAUCAAUAUCCCAGGUAGUUCAUACGCGGUUAUCAGGUUCCUAGCCAAUAAUCCUGGCUUCUGGCUGUUACAUUGUCAUGUAGAAUGGCAUAUGUCCAAAGGCUUGGGAGUCGUACUAGCCGAGGGUAAUGCAAAAAUUGCUGCGGUUCCAAACGCUUUUCAAAGGCCAGAUGAUUAUCGAACCAUAUCGGGUGCAGCGGACACGGGUACAGCUGAGACAGAUUCCUCCGAUAGUAAAGUAGAACCCAAACCAAUACCGACGUCCAAAUGGAAAGUGUUGAUCAUUUACAUGCUGGUUAUGUGUUUGUUUAACGCGGUGGUUUGGUUGUUCUUUUUCCGAUAA